AUGUGGAAAAGAGGGAAGAACACAGGGACCACUGGAAACAAACUAUGUUUCUCCCUUGUUCAUCAAUAUAUUCAGCGCUUUAACGAGGUGUCUGGCAACAAGACAGCUGCCAUUCGGAGGAGAUCUAAGACAUCUGGGGUGAUGAUCACGCAGUAUUUAGUAAACAUACCAGAGGGAAAAAGCACCCCAGAUUUCCAGUGUAAACCAAUGCCAGUAACCACUGAAAAAGGAAAGUUAGCUGUUUUCAGGGCUGUGGUGACAGGGGAUCCAACACCAGAUGUGUCGUGGAGAAGAGCUAAAGGAAAUCUUUCAGACAAGGAAAAAUUUCAGACUAAAUAUGAUGAAUCAACUGGGGAGCAUAUAUUAGAGAUUCACAAAGUGUCUGCUGCAGAGACAGAUACAUACAAAUGUUUAGCUGCAAACGAAUAUGGAAAAGCCAUCUGCACAACAACAUUAACUGUGACUGAGGCUUCAACAAAUCCAGCAGAUUUCAGAAAACUGCUGAAGAAAAGUAAAAUAGACAGAGCAGAUGGAGAAACCGACGAAAGGUUCUGGGAUGCGAUGUUAAAAGCUGACAGGGAGGACUACGAGCGCAUCUGUUCCGAAUUUGGUGUUAAAGACUUGCAUUUGAUUCUCAAGAAACUUGAUGAAAAGAAGAAGGAGAGAGCACAAAAUAAGAGUAAGCAGGAUGGUGUAAUUCCCUAUGAUGAAAAUGGGGCAGAGAAACAUGAUCUAAAGAGUGUUGGGAGGACAAAGAAUGUCCCUAUUAAUGGCCUGAUGCAAAAGGACACGGGGCUUUGUAAAGGGGAUAUUCAAGAGGUCAACCUACGAAACACAGGGCUGCCUCAAGUGGAUCCUGAAAAGUUCAUGCUCCCUGCAGAGAUUAAAUUUUCCAAAGUGGACUUUGUAAUCAAAAUUCAGGAGAUUAAAGCAGAAGAAAGGGAGGACGCUUUGUUUGAGUGUGUUCUGACACACCCACUACCCAAGAUCACAUGGAUGGGCAAAGGCAACAUCCUGGAGGAUGGAGAAAAAUAUAGUUUAACUAUGUCAGAACACAAACUCAUUCACAGACUGCUCAUCAAGGACUGCCAGCCACUGGACAAAGGCAUCUAUUCAGCUGUGGUUGGCAAUACAUCCUGCAAUGCCUGGCUGGUUGUGGAAGCUGACAGUGAUCCUGCACCUGGUGAUGCGAAGAAAGCCCGUAAAACUACAGUGGCUCGUGGAGCACAGAUCGACGUUGAGAAAGUGGCCAAAGAGCAGCAAAUAAAAAUACAAGGGGAGAUGGAGAAGAUUUUGGCAGCAGUAAAAGCAAAACAUGGAGCAGGACAUAUAACUGAUGAACUGAUUUUAGAAGAAAUGACCUUAGAAGAACUGACUUUGAUGUUAGCCACUGGUGGAAAACACAGCAAAGUCACUGGACCAGAUCCGAAUCAACUAGCAAGUGAAAAUGAAUCAAGUGGCUAUGAUGAGGAUGAGGACUCUGUUGACCUGGUCAAGCACCCAACUUCUUCAAAGCAGGAACUUAAGCCAAAGGAUGGUCUUGAUGGUACAUGUCCUAAAGACUACAUUAAGUGUGACGACAGUGGCACUGACUCUUCUACACAUACGAAGCGUAAAAGACACGCCCCCCUAAUCGAAGAUUUGGUGGUUGAUCCAGGGGUUCAUUUCAUCUGUGGUUUGACUGAUGUUAAUGCUAUCAUCAAUGAGACUGCUGAGUUAACAUGUAAGCUUAGCAGUGAAGACUGUGAGGGAGCCUGGUUCAGAGACGGCAAGCAGAUAUCCUCAGAUGACAAUUUCUCUAUAACUAAAGAUGGCCCAAUCCAUAAACUGGUCAUAAUCAAGUGCGAGGAAGAGCACUCUGGAAAAUACCGUUUUGAGGCAGAUGGCCGUAAAACAGAAGCAAUGAUAAAUGUCAAAGAUCCUCCCAGGUUUGACCUCGAAGAUCUCAGUGCUUUCUGUGAGCCAAUGACAGUUAAAGCAGGGCACAACGCCAUCUUCAAACUGCAUUUUCUUGGCCACAAACCCAUAAAGAUUCAGUGGUACAGAGAAGGAGAAGAACUCCAAGAUGACAACAACAUAAGGAUAGAGAAAUCUGCAAGCCACAGCCGCUUGCUUCUGAGCAGAUGCCAGAGGAAGGACACGGGAGAGUUCAAGAUCAAGCUAAAAAAUGAGCAUGGCUUCACUGAGGCAGUCUCCCAGCUUAUUGUGCUUGACAAACCAACCCCACCACAGGGUCCUGCAGAGGUAAUUGAGAGCUCAGCUACAUGUAUUGAAUUUAGGUGGCGUCCUCCAAAGGAUGAUGGUGGCUCCCCAGUUAUUAACUACUUAAUGGAGCGUCAGCAGGUGGGGCGAAACACCUGGAAGAAAAUAGGAGAAAUAACGGGUGUGCCCAACUUCCGGGACGCAGAGGUGGAUCGCGGGCGCAAAUACUGUUACCGUAUCCGGGCAGUGACGGCAGAAGGCAUAAGUGAAGUGAUGGAAACUGACGAUAUGCAAGCUGGCACACUUGCUUUCCCUGCCCCUCCAGCACCUCCAAAGGUGGUCAGUGCUUUUGAUGACUGUAUAAAUCUUUCAUGGGCUCCUCCAAGUAACACGGGAGGUUCACGUAUCUUGGGCUAUAUUUUGGAGAAACGAAAGAAGGGAAGUAAUCUCUGGACUGUUGUCAAUGCCAAUGAUGAGCUAAUAAAAGAAAAGAAAUAUGCAGUGAAGGACGUUGUCGCAGGCAUAGAAUAUGAAUUCAGGGUUACCGCCAUAAACCUUUCAGGAGCUGGUGAAUUUAGCAACCCCUCAGAGUUUGUUUUUGCACGGGAUCCUAAGAAGCCUCCUGGUAAAGUUACAGGCCUUAAGGUGACAGAAACCUCUUACACCCAUUUGGUCCUGACUUGGACCAAACCCGAGGACAAACCAGGCAUACAGGAUGAAGCAAGAGGAUAUUUUGUUGAGAUUCGGCAAGCAGACUGCAUUGAAUGGUCCCGCUGUAAUAGCACCCCCAUCAUUAUGACUUCCUUCAGUGUGAAAGGCCUGAAAUCCAUGGACAUGUACUGGGUAAGAGUGAUUGCGAUUAAUGAUGGAGGAGAGAGUGAGCCUGAGGAGCUGCCCAACUAUGUGCUUGCAAUGCCUUCACCAGUGAGGCCAAAAUUCACAAACACCAAGAUGAAAAGUUUCCUUGUGGUGAGGGCAGGGAACUCUGUGAGGAUUACAGUCAAUUUUGAGGCUUCUCCACGGCCAAUAAUUAUGUGGCUAAAGGAUAAUGUGCCAGUUACAAAGCGGGUCACAAUCAGUAACUCUGACGGCUCCUCCCAGUUGCUGAUUCCGUCCUCUGAGCGUUAUGAUUCAGGCAUCUACUCCAUUUUGGUGAAAAAUCUUGCAGGACAGGAAACAUUAAGUACAGAAGUCAGGGUCACAGAUGAUCCAAAACCUCCUGGACCAGUAGAACUGGAAGAAAAUGUGCCUGGCACUGUGACGGUGAUCUGGGAACCUUCUCCUGAUGAGAAGCGUGAUGACCGUCUCCACUACACUGUGUCCAAACUGGACUCUACCAAGCGUACAUGGGUUACGGUGGCUGACAGACUUUUCAAUAACAAGUGUACAGUCUGUAAUAUCAUGCAUGGAAGGGAAUAUCAUUUCCGGGUCUAUGCCAAAAAUGACAUGGGCAUAUCUGCACCUUCUGAGUCACCAAUCUGGGGGACAGAGAAGAAGAAAGAAAAGUUUGCAGUAAGUAUACCAACCAUAAAGGACUGUGAUUUGCGAUGUGCCCCGUCCUUCAUUGUACCAUUGAAACUGCACACUGCACCCAAAGGUUAUGAAUGCUAUAUGAGCUGUGCAGUAAAAGGAAAUCCCAAACCUCGUAUCACUUGGUAUCGAAAUCACAUCAGUCUAAACACCAAUAUCAACUAUUACACCUCCAACACCUGUGGAGUUUGCACCAUGUUAAUCCUCUGUGUGGGUCCCAAAGACAUGGGCGAGUACACCGUCAUCGCAGAGAACAGCUUAGGACGAGCCGAAUGCGCCACCAUCCUCAGUGUCAGAGAGUGAAGAAAUGGAAGACAGCAGU